AUGAUUGAAAGUAAAGGAUUAAAUGCAGUAGGAAAUAUGGAUGUGGCUUUUUUCGUAAGUAGAAAAGAGUUAAUUGAUUGGAUAAAUAGAUGUUUAAAAUUAAAUAUAACAAAAAUUGAACAAUGUUCUAAUGGUGCUAUUUAUAUUCAAUUAUUAGAUAUAUUGUUCCCUAAUAAAUCAGUAUUACAUAAGGCAAAAUGGAAUGCAAAAUUAGAAUAUGAAUGUAUAAUAAAUUAUAAAUUAAUACAAAAUGUUUUUAAUAAGCUUGGUAUAAAAAAAUAUAUGGAUGUAGAUAAAUUAAUUAAAGGAAAGUAUCAAGAUAACUUAGAAUUUCUUCAAUGGUUUAAAGCAUUUUAUGAAAGAAUUAUUGAUUAUAAUAAUGAACAAAUUAUUAAUUAUGAUGCUAUAGAAAGAAGAAAAAUGUGUAUAUUAGGAGAAAAAGGAGAUUAUAAAUUAUUAAAUAGCUACUUACCCGAAUGGGCUAAAGUUGACUUAAAUAUUAUAAAGGAGAAGAAUAUUUAUAACGAAAACAGAAUGUUAAACAAUACGCAAAAAAAAAAAAUAGAUUCUAGAUGUAGUGUUAAUCAAGAAAACAAUAAAAAUAAUAGUAACAGUUAUAAUAACAAAAAGGAUGUAAAAGGAGAAAAAAGAAACAUUUUAUUAAAUAUUGAAAAUGAGAAUAAUUUAAAUUCAAUGACUUAUAGAGAAGAAUAUGUACCAAAAAAACAAAAUACAAUAAAUAAUGAUAAUUUAAAUAAAAGAUUAUCUGUUCCAAAUAAAUUUUCAUCUCAAGGUUCACUUUCCUCUUAUUAUACUAAAUGUAAUAAUUCUGAUUUGCAAAAAGAUAAUAUCUCUUUAAUUGAACAAAAUAAAAAAUUAAAAUUACAGUUAGAAAACAUGAAUCAAGAAAUAUAUAUAUUACAAAAUAAAUUACAAGAAGAAGAAAAUGAAAAGAAAAUUCUUCUUUUUCAAAAAAAUUUCUACUAUAAUAAAUUAAGAUUCUUAGAACUCUUAUGUAAUCAAACUAAUGAAAGUUUUUUAUCAAUUAAUGAUAUACAACAAAUAAUAUAUGCUCGUGAAAAUACUUAUUUUCAUCAAACUAUUUCAUUAAAAGAUAAAAAUAAUAAUGACGAUAAUGAAACAUUAAGUGUUAAUAAUAAUCACGACCUUACUUUACAAAAUUCUAUUAAUAACAGUGAAACAUUCAAAUAUAAUAACCAAAAUUCAACAGAUUUCGCAACAUACUGCACAUAA